AUGCCGGUGUUCAAGGCUCCGUUCAACGGUUACUCAGUGAAAUUCAGUCCAUUCUACGAGUCACGCCUCGCCGUCGCCACCGCUCAGAACUUCGGAAUCCUUGGAAACGGUCGGAUCCAUGUGCUCGAGCUGUCUCCUGGAGCUCCAGGAGUCACUGAAUCCAUGGCGUUCGAUACAGCAGACGCAGUAUACGACGUAUGUUGGUCGGAAUCUCAUGACUCUGUACUCGUCGCAGCAAUCGGUGACGGAUCCGUGAAGAUUUACGACACAGCUCUUCCUCCACCUUCAAAUCCGAUCCGAUCUUUCCAAGAACACGCGCGUGAGGUUCACUCAGUAGAUUAUAACCCCACGCGCCGUGAUUCGUUUCUCACGGCGUCGUGGGAUGAUACGGUGAAGCUCUGGGCAAUGGAUCGUCCGGCGAGUAUCAGGACAUUUAAGGAACAUGCGUAUUGCGUUUACCAAGCGAUUUGGAACCCUAAACAUGGUGAUGUGUUUGCAUCUGCUUCAGGUGAUUGUACUUUGAGGAUUUGGGAUGUAAGAGAACCUGGAUCAACUAUGAUUAUACCUGCUCAUGAUUUCGAGAUUUUGUCCUGUGAUUGGAACAAGUACGAUGAUUGUAUCUUAGCUACUUCUUCAGUGGACAAGACGAUCAAGGUAUGGGAUGUGAGGAGUUACAGGGUUCCUUUAGCUGUGCUUAAUGGUCAUGGUUAUGCGGUGAGGAAAGUGAAAUUCUCGCCGCAUCGGAGGAAUUUGAUGGCUUCUUGUUCUUAUGAUAUGACUGUAUGUCUUUGGGAUUACAUGGUGGAAGAUGCUUUGGUUAGUCGGUAUGAUCAUCAUACUGAAUUUGCUGUUGGGAUCGACAUGAGUGUUCUUGUUGAAGGUUUAAUGGCGAGUACAGGUUGGGACGAGCUUGUUUACAUUUGGCAACAAGGGAUGGAUCCAAGAGCGAGUUGA